AAGCUGAAAAUAUAACGGUUGUGUUCUCAGUGUUUAUUUUAUUUAGCAUCAUGUUUCGUGCUACGUUAGCGAUAUGUGGAAGAACUGUUGUUAAAAGGUUCAUCUCAUCUGUCUCUGGAGAAAGUGCCCUUCCAUCAAAUUUGAGACUCCCGUCAAAUCUCAUUGGAGUCGCGCCACAAAAGAGGGCUUCUCCAUCCGGCUCUGAUCUUCCAGUGCUGCGCAGAUGUGAGGCUGAUAUCCCAGCUCACCUGGCACCUGCUCAGACGUGGCUUGAGACUUUGGGAAGUCAUGACAGUGAACCCCUUGGUGUGGUUGACCUACACCCUGAUGUCUUCUCAGUACCUGUCAGGCUGGACAUUCUUCAUGCUGUAGAGGUCUGGCAACGUAAUUUCAAACGAAUAAGCCAUGCAAAAGUCAAAUCAAGAGCUGAAGUCAGCGGUGGAGGCAGGAAACCUUGGAAACAAAAAGGAAGCGGCCGGGCACGACAUGGAAGCAUUCGUUCUCCACUGUGGAGAGGAGGAGGAGUAGCUCAUGGUCCACGGGGACCAACCAGCUAUUAUUACAUGUUACCCAUGAAGGUGCGAGUACAAGGGCUGAAAAUUGCCUUAACUGCCAAACUGGCUCAGGAUUACCUUCAUAUUGUGGACUCAUUGGAGAUUCCCACUCCAGACCCCCACUACCUCCUGGACCUGGUCAAACACAGGCAGUGGGGGGAUUCAGUCCUCAUUGUUGACGUAAGUGAUGAAUUCCCUCAGAACAUUCUUAAGGCAACCGAAGAGCUGAAAACAGUGAAUAUCAUUCCAGCCAUAGGUCUAAACGUCCACAGCAUGUUGAAACACGAAAGUCUGGUUCUCACUCUGGAGGCUGUAAAAUUUCUCGAAAAGAAACUGAUUUGGCACGAUGUGCGCUAUACACCCCUGUAUCCCUUUAAACUCCCAUACAGUGACCUGCCAUGAACACAGCACACUUCAGAG